AUGGCGUUUGCGGCCGAUCUCAGUUCGCUUACUGAUGCCUUGAUCAGCUCGGUCACCAAGAUAUCCCCAAGUCAAAAGGGAUCUGCCCGCUUUCAAAGCCUGAAGCGUCGCAUACAAGGGGGACUUCGGACUGGUUCUCAUACACGCACCGACCAAUUUGCAGUAGCUAAACAACUGGAGGGGCUGCAAGAAAAGUUCCAGGUCUUGAAUAGAGAUGAACUGACUGAAGCUCUUUCCUCCCGCCUGGUAGAACUUGAAGACAGUCGAAACUCAUGGCUGCCAGAAAUUCUCAGUCUGUUACUUCAGCUCUCAGACCGUCCCGCUCUAUUGUCCACAGUAGACCGACUGAAGACGACAAACAAGUCAACAGUAACGCCAGAUUCCCUAUCAUGGUCGGAUCUCAACCCAGAGGGCGCUGCGUAUAGCGAUGAAGAAAUCUGGGAGCAGGUCGAUUUCACUGCUGGCUCAUCAGAUGAGGACGACUUCUCAUCGAUUGUUAGCGAUGUGUCUGCUCCAAGGCACAGACCCUCGUCCUCUACGGCUGUUGAAGAAGACUAUAUCGUACCAAAUGGGAUCUUCACUUCAGCACAGGAUGAAGAUCUCAUCGUCGCUAUAGAAAAGGCACAAUUUUGGAAGCCUGAAAUCUACCCUCCAGUCACGCAAGGAGAAGAGAAUGCAUUUCACACGAUUACCGAACUACAGCUAGCGAGAGAGACCAUUUUCAUGCUUCAAGGCCUUCCAACUUCAGUAUUCUGGCAUUCGGAUGAGAAUAUUGAAGUAGAUCGCAGGUAUGCACUUGGACAUUCAUCCAGCGAAUCACUAGCAUCGCUUUUGCAGCGCUUUGGUGAGAUUGGUACAAAAGUUUACGCCGUCCGAGACUUCAUCAAGACGCCUCAGACGAUCCCUUACCUACAAACAUUCUGCCGGGGCGUUGAAGAGCUUCUCCAUGAGUUUGAUAAGAUAAUUUCCCAAGUUCAGUGCAAAUACCUUUCGGCUGGUCAGACAAUCAGUCUUCUCCAGCUUCUCGCCGAUGUCCGUUCACACUCGCACGAGCUAGUAUUACUAGCGGAAAUGAUAGCCAAGCUGGGAGAAAGCUCGACCGCCCAACCGAUGCGCUGUCUAGAUUUGCUAUAUAAUUUGAUUUGUAUGCUGGAGGCUGUUGGAGAUGAAAGUGCGUCUCAACGCCUUGCAAAAUUAUUCUUCUUGUGCUUCAAAACAUACACAAGAUCUAUUCAGCUUUGGAUGGAAACAGGUCAGGUUGAUCCUUCAGAUAUUACAUUUUUCGUUCGAGCGAAUCGUGAGGGGGAUCUUCGCACUCUUUGGCACGACUGGUUCGUCCUGGAUGAGGGACCCAGGCGGCAGAAAAUCCCCCAGUUCCUCGAGACCAGUGUCCAAAAGAUCUUCACAGCGGGCAAAAGCAUGGUCUUUUUGCACCAUUUGAACGCGUUGGUUACAGAGACCCACGAGAAAUCGGAUAUGACAUUAGACGCGAUUUCAUCUUCGGAAUCAUCAAUCUUGCUACCAUUCUCUGCUUUGGUGGAGUCGGCUUUUGAGAAACUUGUGGAUGUAGACCAUUCGCUGAGUUCCAUCCGUCUGCGAGAGGAACUCGACGAGAAAUGCGGGCUAUGGAGCUCCCUAGAUGCUCUUCAACAUGUUUACCUUGGCAAAGAUAUGAGCGUCCUUGGUAUGAUCGAUUCUAGGAUUUUUGAAAUGAUAGACCACGGACGGUCUUGGGAUGACAGAUUCUUGCUCACUGAAAUCUCAAGAACGGCUUUCAGUUCAAUACCAAUCAUUGAUACAUCAAGACUUCUUGUGCGCCCAACUGUUACCACUUCGCAUGAAUCACAAAACCAGCGAAGUGUGACCAUACUCGAGUCAAUAUCCAUUGACUAUGGUCUUCCAUGGCCUGUGGCAAACAUUAUCACCGAGGAAUCAAUUUCUUCGUACCGUCAGAUCUCGACUUUUCUAAUCCAGAUUAGGCGUGCCAGAUACAGCAUGGUGAAACAGCGCAUCCGAGAGGCCCGCAAAAUGCCCGGCGAAAAGGAUGAUACUUUGGUGCAUGCUCUCCAUCACAACAUGCUCUGGUUCAUCGAUUUCAUAUACGGCCAUCUCACUUAUCUUGUCAUAUCCACGGCAACCCAAUCCCUGCAUUCCGCUCUACUCGAAACCAAAGAUGUCGACUCUAUGAUUGCAGCCCACCAGUCCUACAUGUCUUCUCUGAAGGCCCAGUGUCUGCUCUCGGAGAACUUAUCUCCAAUCCAUAAAGCCAUCAUCAGCUUGUUAGACCUCUGUGUUCAUUUUGCGGAUCUACAGACUGCACACUUGUCCGGAGCUCCCAACAGCGAAGAGCAAGAUGACGAAGAAAACUCUAUGGAGGCUGUGAAUAUUUUAAUAAAAAAAGACCCCAAAAAUGAUUUCGACUCCGACGACUCCGAUGAUGACAUGGGCCACGAACACACGCUUACGGUUUCAUUCCAUGACUCCUCUUACAAUCAGCAAAUGAAGAACGUCAAAAUACAGUUUAAUCACCUAGUCACUUUCGUCGCGGAUGGUCUGAAGCGCGUAGCUCGGGCGGACGGAUUUCCUAGCUGGGACAUCCUUGCUGAAAGGCUUGAAUGGUGUAAACGUUGA